AUGCUGUCCAAAGCUGCUAUUGUUGGUUUCGCUGUUUUUCUUUUCCUCUUCUUUCAGGCCUACGCAGAGGAGAUCUCUCUUGAGGGUACCUGGUCCUCCAAAUCCAACACUGUCUUUACCGGUCCAGGGUUUUUCGACCCUGUUGAUGAAUUGCUCAUUGAACCUGCUUUGCCUGGAAGAUCCUACAGUUUCACUUCUGAUGGUUACUGGGAAGAGGCUCUUUAUAUCGUCACUGCCAAUUCUCGAAACCACUCGUGUCCAACUGCUGUCCUACAAUUUCAACAUGGCCGAUAUGAAAUCUUGUCAAAUGGUUCGUUAUCUUUAAUGCCCUUUGAAAGUGAUGGUAGACAAUUACUAAGUGCUCCUUGCGACGAUGGUGGUGUCUCUAUUUACUCAAGAUAUAUCCAAUCUGAACUUUUUAAAGCUUAUACCUUAAGCAUCGAUGAUUACCAUGGUCAGUAUAAAUUGCAAUUGUAUCAGUUCGACGGUGCUCCAAUCCAACCCUUGUAUUUGGCCUACAAACCUCCAAUGAUGCUACCAACCCAAGUCCUUAAUCCUACAAAUUCACAGGAUACUGAUAUUGCAACUGAAACCGAAACCAGUUUAAGAAAAAGAGUCAGAAGGAGCUUGGAAAUUAAACAAAAGUUACCACAUCUCAGAAAAUCUAAUGAAGAUAGAUUCGAUUCUUUAUGGUACGUUGCACUUGGUAUCUUCAGUUUAGGUGGUUUUUGUUAUGCUUUUUUUUAA